CCCAAAUUUGGGUCUGGGGGUCCCGAAUUUGGGGCUGGGGGUCCCAAAUUUGGGUCUGGGGGUCCCAAACCAGCCAAAAACCCCAAAUUUGAGUCUGGGGGUGCCAAACCCCCCGAAUUUGAGUCUGGGGGUUCCAAACCCCCCGAAUCUGGGUCCAGGCCUCCCAAACCCGGCUCUAAGACCCCCAGACCCCCCUCCCGACACCCCAAAUUUGAGUCUGGGGGCCCCCGGGGGCGGGAAUUUGAGUCUGGGGGUCCCAAACCCCGGGAAUUUAAGUCUGGGGGUCCCAAACCCCCCCAAUUUGAGUCUGGGGGUCCCAAACCCGGUUCUAAGCCCCCCAAACCCCCGGAAUUUGAGUCUGGGGUCCCCCGGAGCCGCGAAUUUGAGUCUGGGGGUCCCAAACUCCCCCAAUCUGAGUCUGGGGGUCCCAAACCCCGGGAAUUUGAGUCUGGGGGUCCCAAACCCCUGCAAUCUGAGUCUGGGGGCCCCAAGAGCCGGGAAUUUGAGUCUGGGGGUUCCAAACCCCCCCAAUCUGAGUCUGGGGGUCCCAAACCCGGUUCUAAGCCCCCCAAACCCCGGGAAUUUGAGUCUGGGGUCCCGAGGAGCCGGCAAUCUGAGUCUGGGGGUCCCCGCGGGCGGGAAUUUGAGUCUGGGGGUCCCAAACCCCGGCAAUCUGAGUCUGGGGGCCCCAAGAGCCGGGAAUUUGAGUCUGGGGGUCCCAAAUUUGAGUCUGGGGGUCCCAAACCCCCCAAAUUUGAGUCUGGGGUCCCGAGGAGCCGGGAGUUUGAGUCUGGGGGUCCCAAACCCCUGCAAUUUGAGUCUGGGGGCUCCCGGGGGCGGGAAUUUGAGUCUGGGGGUCCCAAACCCGGCUCCAAGCCCCCCAAACCCCCGCAAUUUGAGUCUGGGGGUCCCAAACCCCCCCAAUCUGAGUCUGGGGGUCCCCGGGGGCGGGAAUUUGAGUCUGGGGGCCCCAAACCCAGCUCUAAGCCCCCCAGACCCCUGCAGUCUGAGUCUGGGGGUCCCAAAUUUGAGUCUGGGGGUCCCAAACCCCCCCAAUCUGAGUCUGGGGGUCCCCGGAGCCGGGAAUUUGAGUCUGGGGGUCCCAAGAGCCGGGAAUUUGAGUCUGGGGGUCCCAAACCCCCCCAAUUUGAGUCUGGGGUCCCGAGGAGCCGGGAAUUUGAGUCUGGGGGUCCCAAACCCGGUUCUAAGCCCCCCAAACCCCCGCAAUUUGAGUCUGGGGGCCCCCGGAGCCGGGAAUUUGAGUCUGGGGGUCCCAAACCCCCGCAAUUUGAGUCUGGGGGUCCCCGGGGGCGGGAAUUUGAGUCUGGGGGUCCCAAACCCGGUUCUAAGCCCCCCAAACCCCCCCAAUCUGAGUCUGGGGGUCCGAAAUUUGAGUGGCGGGAAUUUGAGUCGGGGGUCGCGGCGCUGUGCCUGCUGUGCCGCGAGGCCGUGAACCGGGCGCGGGUGCGGCGCUCGGGG